AUGGGUUUCAAGCACGUCGCCAACAUCUUUGCUGCUGGCACGGCCCUCUUCUCGGACGGUUAUGCCAAUGGUGUUAUCGGUAGCGUCAACACGAUCUUGAAACGACUAUACCCCAACGAGACCGCCAAGAAUAACUACAGCACCACCAUCUCCAGCGUCGCCUUUGCCGGCACCGUAGUGGGCAUGCUCUCUUUCGGCUACCUCUCUGACAAGUUUGGCCGCAAAUUCGGUAUGAUGUUGGCGACCGCUAUCGUCGCCCUGUUCAGCGGUCUCUCGGCUGCAUCGGCGGGCGCGCACGAUAGCACGAGCGGGCUGCUCGCUAUGCUGUCCUUCUGCCGUUUCAUGGUCGGUAUCGGCGUGGGCGCCGAGUACCCCUGUGGCUCCGUCGCGGCGAGCGAGCAGAGCGAAGACCCGAACAUCUCCAAGUCCGCACAACACCGCUGGUUCGCGCUCGCGACGAACAGCAUGAUCGACACCGGCUUCGUCAUUGCUGCUUUCGUCCCGCUCGUGCUUUGGUGGAUCUUCGGCGACAACCACUUGCGUGCCGUCUGGCGUCUGUCGCUUGGUCUCGGCAUGGUACCCGCUAUUGCUGUGUUCAUCUGGCGUCUCAAGAUGGAGCAGCCGGAGCUCUACAAGAAGUCGGCGAUGCGCCAUGUCCGCACUCCGUACUGGCUUAUCCUCAAGCGCUACUGGGUCCAGCUCGCUGCCAUCUGCGUUACCUGGUUCAUCUACGACUUCAUCACGUAUCCCUUCGGUAUCUACAGCUCUACUGUCGUCGACACGAUCACUGGAAGCUCUACUUCCCUCAGCGUGGUAUUCGGUUGGAAUGUGGUCAUCAACUUGUUCUACAUCCCUGGUACUUUCGGUGGCGCGUUUGUUGUCGACCUUCUCGGGCCCAAGUGGUGUAUGAUCACUGGCCUGCUCUCGCAGGCCGUCAUCGGCUUCAUCAUGAGCGGUCUUUACGACCAGCUGACGAAGCACAUCGCCGCAUUCGCCGUCGUCUACGGCAUCUUCCUGUCCUUCGGCGAGCUCGGUCCCGGUAACUGCCUGGGUUUGAUCGCGGCUAAGACUGGCCCCACGGCUGUCCGUGGCCAGUUCUAUGGUGUCGCUGCGGCUGUUGGCAAGAUUGGAGCUUUCGUUGGUACUUGGGCCUUCCCCGCUAUGAUCGACGACUUCGGUGGUGCGAGCAGCAAGGAGGGUAACACCGGUCCUUUCUGGGUCGGUAGUGGUCUCGCCGUGUUCAGUGCGAUCGUCACGUUCUUCUUCAUCCGCCCCCUCAACCACGACGGCAUGGAAGCCGAGGACCGCGCUUUCCGCGAAUACCUCGAGGCGAACGGCUUCGAUGUUUCUCAGAUGGGUCUCCGUGAGGGCGACGAUGAUAUGUCGGUCGUUGACAGCGAGAAGGAUAAGAACUCUGCUGUUGUCGAUGAGAAGGUUGCUGUUUGA